CCGUCUCCUCACAGCAUCCUCCUGAGCUGCUGCUGCCGAGGGCCCUCAAGACACACCGAGGCGGGCCCCUGACGCCGCACAGCCACACACUGCCGCCCUUCAGCCUCCUGGGAGAUUAAGGAAUGAUAUUGUGCCACCAUGAUGGAAGGAUUGAAAAAACGUACCAGAAAGGCAUUUGGCAUACGGAAGAAAGAGAAAGACACUGAUUCCACGGGAUCACCAGACAGGGACAGCACUAAGAAAGCAAAUGGAGCACCAAAUGGAUUCUAUGCAGAGAUUGACUGGGAGCGAUAUACUAGUCCAGAAGUGGAUGAGGAGGGCUACAGCAUCAGGCCUGAUAUGGAGCCUGGCUCUACCAAAGGAAAACACUUCUAUUCCUCAAGUGAGUCUGAGGAAGAACAAGAGUCUCGCAAGAAGUUCAAUAUCAGGAUAAAGCCUUUGCAGGCCAAAGACAGCCUGAAGAGUGCCGCCACGGUGGACGAGCUAAAAGCCUCCAUAGGAAACAUUGCACUGUCCCCUUCCCCAGUGAGACGUAGCCCGGGCACAAUUAAGAGACACUUGUCAAGUGAAGAGAUAGCAAGGCCGAGGCGUUCAACUCCUACAGCUGAGAUUGCAAGUAAGAAAGCACCUGCUGAAUUAUUCGGUCCUCCUCUGGAGACUGCCUUUGAAGGUCCACGGUCUGAAGUUUCGCUAGACCAGUCUGAAAUAUGGGGAGCCUCUCAAAUAGGUACCACAGCUCCAGAAUCUCCAAAGCUGUCAAGACCGUUCCCAACUGGAACACCUCCACCCAUUCCACCCAAAAAUAUUCCAGCCACACCACCCAGAACUGCUUCACCAUUACCAGCCGGAACAGAUCAAGGACUUGCUGCUGGAGGAGAGCAAAAAGAAACGGUCAUCACAGAAGAACGACCUGCUUCUAUCAGUGACUUGGACAGUAUUUUUGGCCCUGUUUUAUCCCCCAAGUCUGUAGCUAUCAGCUCUGAAGAAAAGUGGAUCAGAUUUAAUGACCAUUCCCCAGAAAAGAUUUGCUCCUCUUCUCCACCACUUCCUUCUUCCCCACGUCCCCCUCGUUCUCCUCCUCCCCCUCGUUCACCGCCGCCUCCUCUUUCACCUCCUCCUCCUCUUUCUCCUCCUCCCCCUCGUUCACCUCCUCCUCCUCUUUCUCCUCCUCGAAAUAUUCCCUCACCCCUCAACCUGGAGGAAGUCCACAAAAAAAUUGCAGAACAGUCAUUCAUUAAAGAUGAUAUACUGGAGACUGCUGCAUCUCCUAAAGAUUUUGGCCCUGGUCAAAGAGCUACACCGCCCCCACUUCCUCCACCUACCUACAGAGCAGUGGUGUCAUCUCCGGGACCCAGUGGCGCAGGAAGUGCAAGUGGAACAUCAUCUCCUGCUCGCCCUGCUACUCCACUAGCCGCCUGCAGUACAACCCCACCACCACCACCCCCGCGUCCUCCAUCUCGGCCUAAAGUACCACCUGGGAAACCUGCAGUAACAGAUCCACGCCCAUUCAGUCCACCCAUCCAUUCAUCCAGCCCACCUCCCUUCGCCCCCUUGGCCCGAGCUGAGAGCACCUCCUCCAUUUCUUCAGCAACGUCUUUGAGUGCAGCCACCACACCGACAGUCGAAGGCGAUGCAUUUGCUGACAAACGGCCCCCGUUUGACAGACGAGAGACGCCUGCAGAGAAUGAACAGCCUUCCCUCAUUUGGUUUGACCGAGGAAAAUUUUAUUUGACUUUUGAAGGAUCUUCUAGAGGACCAAGCCCCCUAACCAUGGGGGCCCAGGAUACCCUGCCAGUGGCAGCCGCCUUUACAGAGACGGUGAACGCUUACUUCAAAGGGGUGGAUACCAAUAAGUUGAUAGUGAAAAUCACAGGAGAAAUGGUCUUGUCAUUCCCAGCUGGAAUCACCCGUCAUUUCUCCAACAACCCAGCACCAGCCGCACUGACUUUCCGCAUCACAAACUACAGCCAGUUAGAACACGUCCUGCCGAAUCCACAGCUCCUUUGCUGUGACAACACGCAGUCCACUCCUAAUGCAAAAGAAUUCUGGGUCAACAUGCCAAACUUGAUGACGCAUCUGAAGAAAGUCUCAGAACAAAAGCCACAAGCGACUUAUUAUAAUGUAGACAUGUUGAAAUAUCAGGUAUCUUCACAGGGCCUCCAGUCUACUCCUUUGAAUCUUGCAGUGAACUGGAGGUGCGAACCUACCAGCACAGAUCUCCGGAUAGACUACAAAUACAAUCCUGAGUCCAUGGCCUCACCGGUAGCCCUGAACAACGUCCAAUUCAUUAUCCCUAUAGAUGGUGGAGUGAAGAAACUCCAGGCAGUGCUUCCCGCUGCUGUAUGGAAUGCAGAACAACAGAGGAUAUUAUGGAAAAUUCCAGAUAUUUCCCAGAAAUCAGAAAAUGGAGGUGUUGGCUCUUUGCUCGCGAGGUUCCAGCUGUCAGAAGGCCCCAGUAAACCAGCGCCCUUAGCGGUACAGUUCACUAGCGAAGGAAGCACUUUGUCUGGAUGUGACAUCGAGCUUGUAGGAGGAGGGUACAGGUUCUCACUUGUGAAAAAGAGGUUUGCAGCAGGAAAGUACCUAGCUGACGUCUAAUGGAGGACUACACCCCCAAGGAGCAGUGUUCCCGAACAAGCUGUAAUUUUAAAGAUCAUGAACUCUUCUUGGAGCGUGGGAAAUUUCUGCUGGAAGUUGCGUCAACUUCUUCCCAAGCAUUUUCCACAGAAACCUUCGUGUCGCCCUGUCCUGCAGUAUUUAUAUCUAGGUGUAAUAUUGUUGAUGGUUUUAAAAAAUGUAAUUAUCGUAUUUGUAAAUUGUACCUAAUUCAGUAAGGCUGUAUUUUGGCAGUUAGACUCUCGUUUCAACAUUUUACCAUUGAUAAAUGGAUGUAAUUAAGCGGUUAUAUAUAUAUAUAUGUAAAGAUAAAAACAACUGAGUAGUACUGUUGAAUGGCACACUGCUUAUAAGGAGAUUUUUGUGUAUAUAUAAAACAGCGGUCUGCAACCCAUAGCCCUUCUGCUGUUGUGGGACUAUCACUCCCAGCAUGAAGUUGUAAUUUCAUAACAGCUAGAGGGCCACAGGUUGCAGCCCACUGAUAUAGAGUGAAAUGUAUUAUAUCAGUAGUUAUGAUAGGGGGUGCCUACGGUUAAACAAUGUCUUGAAUCCUUGUCUAUGCACAUGACAACAGUCUCCGAACAUGCAAAUCAUUUAGACAUGACAUUUGCAUGACAAUGUCAGAAGGAUGUCACAGGAUCAAAAAGCAAAAAAACAAGAAACCCACACACAGAACAAGGUUUGUCAAGUAAACCAAUAAAGCUUUCGAAUACAAAA